AUGGAUACUGUAGCAUGUCUAAACCGGCUGCGUGCUCAGUUUCUGUGGGACUGUCCCGAGAACGAGCAGAUGAGGCGAAUCAUCAAACCGUAUAUGGCUGGUCAAGAAGGCUCCAUUGACGAGGUGGCUACAUUGUACAUAGCACCAGAUGGCCAUGAUAUGCUACCAGAGAUGGAAUCCCCGCCUCUUUCUUUGACGAACAUGGAUGGUUACCUUUCGAAGAAUAGGCCGUUGUUGGCUAAUGCUAGACAUUACUCAAAGUCAAAGGAGUUGACGAAAAAUGCGAGAGGAGAAGUAUCGGUGGCACGUAAUAAAUCGAAUAAGGACCAGAAGGAUGUCGAACGCGAGCGGCAAUCGAUAAGUGCUCAGAAUCAAGCAAGACAUUCGGCUUUCGACACGGUUACUGAAAGACGGCUCCCAGUGUCCAUCAAAUCUGACACAACGUAUCGAAAGCAUGAUAGCGAUUCACAGACGGACAGCGACGAGCCAGAGGCUGAUGAUUUUAAGAAGAAAGCCAGUCGGAGGCUCUCAAUCUCGCGAAUAUUCAAGGGCAGGCACGAAUCUAAUGGUAGGAAAGACAAUAAGAAAAGGCGUGAGCUCCAGAAAAAGCGGCGAGAUAUCAAUUUUGAUAUCAACUUUGAUUACGACGAGGAUUUGGAGGAGGAUGACGACGAAGAAGAAGACGAAGAAGGGGAAAAUCUGCAGUCUCGUUUUUUCCAACUCGAUCUGGAGUCAAGUAAGUCAUCACACGCAAAUGGCGACGAAGACAAGGAUCCAGGGCUGAACAGACCGAACAGCAGCACUACGGGUUUCAGCAGCCGCGCUAAUAAUGUCGCGCCUGGUACUAGUGCCACAUUAAGUGCCAACAAUCGAAAAUCACAUUUUCCUCAAAACAUAAUGCCAAGGGCCUCAUUGGUGGACGGUGGAAGGAACGGCAGUUUAAGAUCGGAUCGAUUGCAAAGGGUGAAUGGCCACGAGAAUGCAAUCAUAGGUGAUCAGAAAGAUAAUAGAACAGCUGUGGAGGGUGAGGAAUACGGAUCCGACCUCGAAUCUUAUAUCAACGAGCAGGACUUGGAUAAUUUGGAUUUGGAUGGCGAGGCUUUGACGGAUGAUAAUGAUAAUUUCUCUAAAGUGAACCUGAGACUCAGCUCUACUAAUAAAAACGUCGAGAAUCAAGAAGAAGGAUCAGUCCCGAACGGCGAUCAUAGAUCAAGUAGUGGCUCAUCAUAUGGGAGGUCCCUUUUAGACUCAGAUUUCAGCGGCAGCAACUUCAUGAAGAAGGAAUCUUCGGCGAUUGAUAGCACAUCUUUCCUGGAUGACUCUGAUAUGCAACCGGCUACAAUGUCUCACUCUAUCCCAAUGACUCUCGAAGACUAUGGGAUAUACCAUGGUCAAGAUGAUUCAACACUUAACAAUGUCUUUGACGAGGCUGUAAUGAACAUGAAGAAGUCAUCCAGAACACAGUUGAGAGAAAGGAGAUCGUCGAAUUGCUUGAUAUCCCAUAGUCUUGGGAGUACGCGCCACUCCAGUAGCUCGAAUACCGGGAUAAAAGGGAAAGGUCAUACGCGGUCACUUUCCACUGCAAGUAACGAUAGCAGUAAAGUUAGAAGCGAGUUGGAGAAGAAGUGCGCACUUGGUCCUGGUGGGAGGCAAGGAAAGCUAAACUUGCCACCGAGUAUUUACCGCAAUGGAUCGACUCCAAGGGGAAGCUCUCUCGUCAUACAGAAAAUUACUGAUUUCCCGAAGCCCGACACUUCUGACUCUCUUUUAUCUUCAUUGUUCAGUCGCAGGAAGCAAGCGAAAGCGAGCGCGGCAGAUAUCCUGGAGUACUUCUCCUUUGUCUCUGGAAACAAGGUCCCGAGAGGUGAAGCAAGCACCAUAAGCGUAUAUAUCCAGUCUUCCGCCAAGUAUAAACGGCAUCCCUUUGAAGCAAACAUCAGAAACUCGGCAACCAUAUUUGAGACUAUUGGGUAUAUCCUUUACCUCUUUUCAACCAAAUUCAAGCCAGAUAAAAGUGAAGGAGAUGGUCUGAACGAAGAUGAAAUUAAAGAUCCAAACAAAUUCUGCCUUAAGAUCGUUGACGAGGACGGAGAGCCUUUUGAAGAUGAUUUUGGUAAAAUCGACAGACUGAAAACCAUUCAAUCGCUCUCUGACAAUGAAGUAGUGCUUUGUAAGGUAAGUGCAACUGAGGAGAAGUUAAACGAAAAGGAAACUCCACUUCCAUACGACCUUCACGGUGAGAUAAUAGACAAUGCUCAAAUACAUAGUGGUGGGAACUUGCGAUUAAACCAGUUUAGCUAUUACAAGCCCAUUUUGAGCGACGAAACGAACAAGAAAAAUGAGAACUCAAAAAUCAUAUCCGUGAAGGUUUACUUAUUUCCCUGUGGGAACAAAGAGUUUAAUUAUACUAUCGUCGAAGUAUCAGUUACAUCUAGUCUGAAUGAUAUAUUGGUACGGUAUUGUAAGAUGAAAAAGAUGGAUCCAAAUGAAUAUCUUCUCAAGGUUCCCGAUAAAAAGGUAGCAUUGAAUCUUAAUGACACAGUUCUUCGACUUGAUGGCCAUCACGAAGUCGAGGUUGUUUCCAAAAGAGAAGCCCGGGAGCUUCAUUUAGAAAAAUGCAGACCAGACCUUGCCAAACCCAAUCUGCCAACUAUUCAAAGCACUGAUUUAACUCCAAUGACCUUGGACCCUUCUGCGUAUCUGAAACCCGAAUCACCAACUGUUACGAAGGUAGCAUCUCUGGAAAAUAAACCGUCAACCAAGUACAGGAAAGCGGGUUCCAAGCAUAAGUUGGUGCUCAGCACCCAGAUAUCCGGCUCGAGCAACACAAGUGGUAGCACAGUGAACGCAUUCUUUAAGGCCAAAAACUCAUCAAAGGCUUCGCUGCAUGGCUCGUACUACGCACCUGACCACUCCACACCUGUCUCAGGUACCAUGAACACCGGUGGUAGUAACAGUAACUAUCCAGAGCUGCUAUCCGGCGCGUAUCACAAAUACAAGGUCUGGAGGAGGCAACAGAUGUCUCUGAUGAAUAAACAUGAGAGAGCGUUAGCACUGGAUGGUGAUUACAUUUACAUCGUUCCACCAGAAAAGCAUUUGCACUGGCAUGAAAACGUCAAGACCAAAUCCAUCCAUAUAAGUCAGGUUAUUUCUGUCGCUAAAUCCAAGAGAGUCCCCGAAUACUUCAAACUAUUCAUUCGAAGAGGGCAGCACGACCUCAAAAGAUACUACUUCGAGGCGGUAUCCUCCCAAGAAUGUAUGGAGAUUGUUUCCAGGAUACAGAACUCGCUGAAUGCUUAUAAGAUGAACCAUAAGUAG